UCGAACUCGCGGGUUCCCGAGCCACACAACGAUCCGAAUCUGGAAAGUUCGAGUACGACGAGCCAGAUUGAAGUCGGUGAGGCUCGGAACGACGCCGUCGUGGUCAAUGUGUAUGAAAAUCAGAGCAGGGACCCACAAGCGGUUGAGACUGCGAACCUUACACAUACAGCGAGGUCGGGAAUCUCUGGAAAGUUCCCCAGAUCGCACUCGACGGGUCACUCACUGAGUCAACUCGGAGGGAACACGGAGCGGUACACCUUGAGACUGCCAGAGGAGGUGAGGAGACAGCUGAUUUCGCUCGGGAUAAAUAAGCUGAGACGUUCGAAUAGCUACGACGUCGUUUUGCCUCGCCUUGAGAGUUCGAGGAAGGGGUAUAGGUGCGGCGGCGGUGAAGCGAAAAGCAAUGUGGAUAAUCAAACCGGGUGGUUCGACUCAUGGGUUUUGUUAAGAACGCCCUCGUUUUUGGCUAGGGGGAGUUCCGUUACCGUUAAGUCUCCUAAGGGAGUAAGGCGGUGACGGAGAUGGUGUGUUUGGGAAGACGUCGUUAAGGUCUGCUAAAACGCCGUUCGAUUGUCUGAAUGCGAAGGCCGAGAGGUCCAAAAAA